AUGGCCACCAACAUCACCUUCCACCCUGGAGCCGUCACCCUCGACGAGCGCGCCGACCUCCUCGGCCAGCGCGGCGCGACUAUUUGGUUCACUGGCCUCUCCGCCUCGGGCAAGAGCACGAUCGCAACUGCACUCGAGCAGGCGCUCCUCCACCGCAGCCUCCACUCGUUCCGCCUCGAUGGCGACAACAUCCGUUUCGGGCUGAACAAGGACCUCGGGUUCGACCCCCAGAGUCGCGUUGAGAACAUCCGCCGCAUCGGAGAGGUCUCGCUGCUCUUUGCGUCUUCAUCCUCCCUCGCCCUUACCGCCUUCAUCUCUCCAUACACCGCCGACCGUGACCUCGCCCGCUCGCUCCACGCAAAGCACAACCCCCCUCUGCAGUUCAUCGAGGUCUUUGUCGACGCACCCCUCAGCGUCGUCGAGCAGCGCGACCCCAAGGGAUUGUAUGCCAAGGCUCGCGCAGGUGAGAUCAAGGAGUUUACUGGCAUCUCGGCCCCAUACGAGGCACCUCCCAACCCCGAGAUCCACAUCAAGACGGAUGAGGUCGACGUCACGGGAGCCGUCGCCAUUGUCAUCAAGUAUCUCGAGGACAACGGCAUUAUCAAGGCGUAG